AUGCUGUUCCGCUUCGGGGUCGUCGUGCCCGCCCGGCUAGCCGAAGGCGGCACGGCGCUAUGCGUCUCGGGUUCCCGGCCCGAGCUGGGCCAGUGGGACCCCAAGCAGGCGCUGGCCAUGAAGCCCGCGAGGCCGCUGGCUCCCUUGCCCGCUCAGGAGCCGGUCCUGUGGCUCGCGGAGGCGGCGCUGCGCGAGGACGAGGCCGCGUGCACCUUCUGGUACAAAUUCCUCAGGCUGCACGAGACGGGGGACGCCGUCUGGGAAGGUAACAGCCGCUCAGCAAGCCGAGGCCCCCGCCCCCGCUUUCUUCCUCUCCGUGUUUGUGCGCCCGCGCGCGCAUGCGUGUACCACGGGGGCGUGGCCAUGACGGCCAGUUCUCGCGUCGAGGACGGUGGGCGGUUGUUUUUGCCCGUGUCGUGGGCAGCGCGAGGGACGCGCGCUUAUUGCAUCAGCACAGCUGUGUCACCUUUAUGUAAUAAAGAAAAAAACCAGUCUGCCUUGAGCAUCUUUUAGGUGUAGGUAGCUCACAAAUGCAGAAAGUCUUCCCCUCAGCCUGCUGAGAUAUAUUUCUUCGCGUACAUGGUGCUGUGUUGGCUACAAAAGGGGGGACAGAUGAUGAGGAGGAUGAUGAUGAUGAUUGUAAAUAGGGGUGGAGAUAGUUAUUAGGUUUGCAAACCUACCUCCCUUCUGUUGAGACUGGGAAUGCAUUGUGAGGUGGCUCCGAAGUACAGUUGUACCUUGGAAGUCAAACGCCUUUUGAGUUAGAACGUUUUGGCUCCCAAACGCUUCAAACCUGGAAGUGAGUGUUCCAGUUUGUGAAUGUUCUUUGGAACCCAAAUGUCCGACGUGGGUUCCGAUUGGCUGCAGGAGCUUCUUGCAGCCAAUCAGAAGCUGCACCUUGGUUUUCGAACUUUUUGGAAGUCGAACAGACUUCCAGAAUGGGUUCCGUUCAACUUCUGAGGUACAACUGUAGUUGCGGUUAGCUUGUGGUGACCAUGGGGAAUUAACAAGGGUCAUGAAUGAAUACAGGGGCACACAGGUCUGUGGUUGGCCUCUGGCUGUCUAGAGAGACAGUGAAGUCAAACUGCUGCAUUAACAGCACUAAAGUGACUUCUCUGUGAGGCGUUAGCUUGGUUGGUGUGUAUGGAGGUCCUGGGCUGCCCAGAGGUCCUGGGCUUCCCCCCUCUCGGCCUCGCUGAUGUGGUCCCAAAGGAAAGCAGAGCAAAAUGUUUGGCACCAGCUAGUCUGCUUCAGAUUUGUGUAGGGUUUAAUCCUUAGCCUUUUCUUUUCCUGAAGAUACAAGGUUUAGGAUCAGAGUCUUUCUUCUCCUAGAUGAGCUACCUUCGCAGGUUGAUGAAGAAGAAGAAGAAGAAGAGUUUGGAUUUGAUAUCCCGCCUUUCACUCCCUUUAAGGAGUCUCAAAGCGGCUAACAUUCUCCUUUCCCUUCCUCCCCCACAACAAACACUCUGUGAGGUGAGUGAGGCUGAGAGACUUCAAAGAAGUGUGACUGGCCCAAGGUCACCCAGCAGCUGCAUGUGGAGGAGCAGAGACGCGAACCCGGUUCCCCAGAUUACGAGACUACCGCUCUUAACCACUAUACCACACUGGCUCUCGAUGAGCCCCACCUGCCCCUCACCUCCCUCUACAGCAAUGCAGGGACUGCCUUCGUGACCACUGAACCCACUAUUGGUUUCAUUUGCUCAAAUUGCCAGGGUUUGACUUGAGACCCAUUGGGUACCUUAACCUGGGUUAGCCAGCCAGUAGAAGUUGUUUUCCAGAGUGUGGCCGCUGUCCACAUGUUGACAGCUUCUAGGAGCCACAGGUGAGAACUGAGUGCAAGGUGUACAAACUCUUCCAGAAGGAGCACAAAGUGCCCCCCACCAGAGGUACCCCUCCCGUAACACCCGUACACCCCACUGUUGCAAAUAUAUGCCAUAAAUCUCUUCUAAAUGAAAUGUAGGCUCUUGCGAAGGAGGUGUGGUUGGAUACCUUUAGGCAGAAUUUAGGGGGGAAAUGCAUUUGCAUCCAAAACAAUCACUGAAAUAUCCUGUGAGCAUGUAUAUUUUGGUGAAGACCAACAGUUCCAGUAGGUCAUACUUCUUUGGUAAUUUUGAAACACUGCUAGAAAGGUGUAGAAGUCCUUUUCAAGGGGUGAAUGACUCACAGAGUGAUGCUACGCAGGCGCAUAGGGAUGGUGGGAAACUACUACACCCACAGAGGUCACAUUAGAUUUAUAUUGCCCCAUUCACAGUGUUCAAGAUGGCUACACAUCCAAAUGCAGGGCUUAAUAAUAAUGAAAGUUGAGAGUAUAGUUUACAUAGUGCAGCUUCCAGACAAAAAUGUUUAUGAGCUGCUGCAGCUAAGGAAGUAACCAUGGUUUAUGGCACUGGAGAGGAAAAUAAAGAAAGCCAAAUUGUUUCAAGGUUGCAGUAGGCUGGUGAAAAUAAAAGGCAUUCUUUUGCAGUUCAGUGUUUUUAUUUGCACCUUGAGAGUAGUAAGGUGUGUGAUUGAAAGUUGCACCAUGUACAGUUAAUAUUUAGCUAAGACAUGUAUAUAAAUACACUAUCUUGGUAUUAUUAUUAUUUUUUGGAAUUGUGCUUUAUUGCUUUAAAAUUUCAAAACCAGGUGUUAUUUUAAAACACUUGAGUACAUUUCUUAUGGAUAGUGUGUGUGUGUAAUGGUGGUGAGAAUCUGUUCUGUUCUACUUAUAAUUGCAUAGAAAAGCCAGACAGUAUUGGAAAUAGGGAGAAGACCUGGAGAAGCUAAAGUAGAUAGUUGGAAGGGAAGAAUGGACUGGGUACUGAAGGUAGCCAUAUAUUGUUGUAGCUCAGUUUCAUAAGGAAAUCUUCCUGUUCCAUUGCAAAAUGACAGUAGGUUUCAGAAACAAUGCAUCUUUAACUUGCUAGUACAGUUUGUAGCCCAUCAUUUCCUCGUGGUAUUAGUAAAAUCUAAUUAUGACAACUAGGAAUUCUUUAACACACUCUCCAAAUCUGUGACCUCCAGAGAAGAUUUUACUGAAAUAAUUAUAUUUCUAGAGAAGGGCAGUUGUAAUUUCUUGUUCCCUUUCAUGUCUCCCCCCCCCCCCUUCCUCAAUCUUUUGCUCUCUUGCUCUCUCUCUUUUCGUUCCUCAAGCUAGAAUGGUCUAUAAAUCAAUACUUUCUGCUCCCACUAGAUGUCCCUCUUGGACCUGAGAAUCGAAAAUCCUCAUUUCUCCUACAAGACAGCACUAUGAGAGUUUAAUCGACUUUUAACUCAACAAAUUUAAAUUUUAUUCCCUUUGUGCAUUUCAAUCUUGUCUAAAAAAUAAUAGAAGGGAAGGAACAUUAAGUACAACUAGGUAUUGACUGCCUAAUUUUUUUUUAAAGCACAGCUUAUUUCAAUCCUUUUGCUGAGCAAACAGUAUUAGAUCUUUUAAUGUUUUCAGGUAUAAGGAUACUUUGUAAGUGACUAGAAGUAAACACAAACAUGUUGUAAAAUCAAAACAUUGAAAAUAGAGCAAUCUUCUAUGGGUUACUUUUCCGGUAUGGUCUAAAAUUGGGUUGGCACCUUUGGUUGGGCAAAAUAUGAGACAGGUCACACACAAUAAAGGACUGGUCGGGGUGGGGGUAGGAGGGUCACACAUACUCUCAUGGCACCAAAUCCUCCCCCACAUUGUGGAGGGGGAUUCCCCACAUUUGGUCUCCCGCUUCCCUCACCAUUUUGGCCCUGCUCUUUCCCUCAACUCACAUAGAUAGGCAGGGGCCAGGGAUAGAUGGCCAGCUCCCACAGGCGACUUGAGAUGAAGCUCCAGCCUCUUGCCCAUGCUGGUAUCAGAAGAGACUAGAGUGCGGAGGAGGAGGAGAGGUUAGGUCAGGGUGGCAGAGGGGGCUGAACAGUGGCAGCCCCACACCAUGCUAGACUUGAGGGCGGCAGCAGAGGAGGAGCACCAGCAAGAGGUAGGGAAGGAGAAGAGAUUGCUCCUUUCACAUUUUCUCUGUUGUCCCUUGUGCUGGGCUGGGCUCCUUGUCAACCACACCAACAGCGAUGCAACUGCCAUUUGGGGCUGGCUGAACUCAAAUGUGGAGGAAAAGGCGUUCUGUUUGAAGUCCAAAUGGGAAAGGGGAUAUUAUGUACAGUUGUACCUUGGGUUAAGAACUUAAUUCGUUCUCGAGGUCUGUUCUUAACCUGAAACUGUUCUUAACCUGAGGUACCACUUUAGUUAAUGGAGCCUCCCGCUGUCACUGCGCCACCAGAGCACGAUUUCUGUUCUCAUCCUGAAGCAAAGUUCUUAACCCGAGGUACUAUUUCUGGGUUAGCGGAGUCUGUAACCUGAAGCGUCUGUAACCUGAGGUACCACUGUAGUCAGUGGUCUGUGUUGCCUGAGCUUGAGUCUGGACUAAGGAUUCUGAGCCCCUGUGUUCUGAUUCGGUACCUGAUAUCCAGUCACAGAACAUUUCAGGAUUUGGGCCUCUGCCAUUGGCCCUUAAACUCUGACUUAUGAUUCGCUGCUUGGAAGUUUAGGCAGCCAAUCUUGUUGGGAGUGGGAGUGGCCCAGGCCUUCAGAAUAUAAGCAGUUGCUUUGCCCCUGUUGUCCAGUUCUGUAGUUCUUGCUGUUAUCACUAUGUCUUGCCUUGUGAGAACCCACCUACACUUAAGGGGAUACACUUUUGUCCAAAACCAGGACGAUCCCAUUUUUUAUAGGGACAGGUAGCAACUCUAGCCUGAGAUUUUCUCCUUCCAGUUUUGUGCCCCCAUGCAUAGGCUGUAAAGGCAGUGGAGGCAUAUUGGAUAUUUUCUGGGUGGGGGCAAAAAUCAGGGGAUGAAAUUUACCAUCACAGUCUAUCUCCUCAGACCAACUCUGAGUGUUAUGCCAGGGACUGAAGUCAGACCAUUGGUCUAUCUAGCUCAGCAUUGUCUGAACUGUCUGGCAGGGUCUUAGACAAGGGUUUUUCGCAGCACUGCUUAGAAAUUCCGGAGACUGAACCUGGGUCUAUUUCAUGCAAAGCAUGUGCUCUGCUCCUUAGCUACAGCUUAUCAAGCCUUUAGUUUUAGCUUUGCAAUUGUCCAUUUGAUGGUUGUAAAUAAGAGCAGUGAAAGAGACUUAUAGCAUAAUCCUAGGCAUGUAUACUCAGAAGUAAAUUCCAUUGUUUUCUAGGUAAGUAUAUAAAGGAUUGCAGCCUUAUCUCUGCCUCUGUGCCACCUAUAAGUACUUGAAAACAGAAAGGUUUUGUUCUCUUCCUGACUUGCAAGAUGUGUAUGUGUGUGUGUGUGUGUGUGUGUGUGAGAGAGAGAGAGAGAGAAUAAAGCUUAUACUUAACACAGCAAUGCCUCAGUUCCCUGAACAAAGGGACAGGUUUUUUUAACUGAUCCAAUGAGCAAAAAUUAACACAUUCAGAAUAGCAAGUGAGUAUUGUUUUUUUCCUAUUGUUUACUGCUGAAACAACUAAAGGGGGGACACUAUAUCUUUACUUAUUAUCCACCAUAAUUUGCUGAAAAACAGAGACUAGGUAUACAGUUUUUGUAAUGUACAUUUUGUAAUGUACCUUUGCAUCUUUGAUAUGCUAAGCCAGGCUUUAGAAAUGUACAGGGGAAAUGCUAUUUGGAAACCAAGCAGGCCCAUUGCCAAGUUGUCUGAACCAUCUCUGUUUAGAUGAAGGAAGCUCAACAUGUCCAUAGCUCUAUACAGUAACAAUCAAUACCAAUUCAGUCUUGCAUUCCAAGCCAUCUAAUACUGAAUUUAAGUCAAAAUGUGAAAUAGCAGGGAUGCUUCCAUAGCAGACUUCAAUCUCAAGGGUUUAGAAACGUGGGACUUGUUUUGUUCAAUGGUGAAGCCUAAUAAUGUUAACAGGAAAAUAUCAUUCCUUGAAGUACAGUAAGUGAAAAUUGGACCUCAAUGAAUUUUCUUUUUCAUUGUAAUGCAAGACUACAGAAAGUUGGAAGUGAUUUAUCUGAAUCUCUUUAUGAAACUUUUUUUAAAAAGCAUCUGAUCAGACAGCUAAGCUGAAUUUUCAGCUCCCCAUUGAAUGUUGCACAUCCACGAGUUCUGUGUCAAUCUGCCUGUCUGUGUUUCUUCUAUAAUCAUUAAUCCAGUUUUACAUAUUGUAAAAUCUUAUUCUCCCCCCCCCCCCAGUUUAUUCAGAUAAAUUCAACUGCUGAGCUGCAACCCAGUUGUCUGGAUUUGAACAGCAGUCUCUUUCAGUUAUAUAGGACAGACUAGCUUUCAACCUUUGAGUUAUUCUGGGGAAAUAUAACAACAACAACAACAACCAUUUUCUGUGCUAUUCUUAUUAAUAACAUUUUUAUUUUUUCCACACAAUUCUGUCAUCUUUCUCCCAAACAAUUUGUUCAAAAAAUGAUCUGGAAUGAGCAGUAAGGUAGCCAAGUUAUGACACCAACCCACUGCGGGUGGUAGAAAAAAAGGGUUGUGAAAUGCUCCAAAAGAUGUAUCCAGAAUGUGUGAAAAUGGCAUUAAAAUGGCAAAUCUAAUUCAGUGUAAGCAAGGGGAAAGUAAAACACAUUGGCGGGAGGUCAUAAGUUCACAUAAACACUGAUCUUGACUGACCUCAAGAUCAUGAUGGGGAGUUUAAUGAAAUGUCCUGUUCUGUGGUGAUGUUCAGCACCAAGGGAAGGUGAUGAUGACCCAAGCAAGGUAGAGAUCUGUAGAGCCAGGGUUCUGAAACAUGAUAGGUAAAGCAAAGCAAGGCCAAGACCUUGGAUAAGAUCAGGGUCACAGUUGUGGCAGUGUAGCAGAGGCAGAAAAUAAAGUUGUUUCAGUGGUGCCUUGGAGCAGCUGGCAGAGUUUUGUAGCCUGGGCUAGUUACACAAGGUCAUAGAAUGGUAGAGUUGGAAGGGACCAUGAAGGUAAUCUAAUCCAGCCUCUUGCAGUGCAGGAAUCUUUUGCCCAGUGUAGGGUUCAAACCUUCAACCCUGAGAUUAAGAGUCUUAUGCUCUACUAACUGAGCUAUCCCAGAAGAAAGCCCUGCUCCUUGAUCUGGCACUUAAAAUGCUAGUACCCUUUUCUGCAGCUGUUGGAUUUUUCUAGGCAGUGGGGUGUCAAGUUUGGGGAAAGCUUCUCAGAGGUCUCCUGAUACUGAGGAGGCUGUAUAGUUCAGUCAUUGAUGUCUUGUAGCAUAGAUGUCUCCUUAGUGUUUGAGAGAUGCAAUGUGAGCUCCAAUGUCAGUAGAUUCACUUGGGAAGGACACACCCUGAAAUUUUUGGUCCUGUAUCUGACAGUGCUGAUGAAUGCACAAAUGGCAUGGCUGGUGCAGUCACAAUCCAGAAAACAGAACUUACAAACAGACAUGCCAGACCCAGUGUGGUGAUCAAGUCUCUGGAACAGUAACAAGGGCACCAAUUUCAGAUCUAGUGAACAUAUCACACCAUGAAAAAAUCUGUUUUCUGUACUCAGAUUCCCCUGCGAGAGCACAUGAAAUAUGGUGCAUUCGAUAUGGUUUUUCCUUAGUUGGCUAGCUGGAUGUUUCUUUCAGAAACAUUGCUAUCUAUGCCUAUUUUUCUUUGCAACCAUUAAGAAGUUUUUUUUUUUAAAGAAAGUGGAUAGUGGAUGCCUUACAAGAAUGUUGGGACCACUUGGAACUGCCCCAGGACUCUUAGCCUGCUUGUGUUACAGGUUUCCAUGCAUAAGAUGCUACACAGCAUGUUGUGUGCUUGAGUUCAGCUCUUUUGAUGUUUGCACCUCCUCCCUCUUCCCACACCCCUUUGGAGCUUAUGUUUUCCCUCCCAUCACUGAUCUUGGGCUACUCUGGAUUACUUCUUUCUUUUGAUCAUGUCUUACUUGCUUUUCAUAUUCUUGUUUGUUCUUCUCUCCCAUAUGAGCUGCUCAUUGCUCAGAGAUCUUUGUUUUAAUCUCCUUUGCAAUAAAGCCAGUGGCUUUUUGAUAUGCCAGUUUGAUCAUCUUUCUUACGCAUCAUGCCAGGAGCCAUAUGGGCAGUCCUGCAGGCUUUGAAAGAAAGACUGUUCACAGAGAUUGAUUUGUAAGGCAGAGUUUGCUGAUUGCUUUGUUCUUGGACAUGUUGAUGUGCAAGCAAAUUGCAUGGGAGAGUUUUUGAACAACAGUGGAAUAAAAAAGGACUUAGUUCGGAAUCCUUAGUACAGAAAUAUAUCCUUUCAAGAAUAACCAUUAUUUGGCUUCCUAAUGUUUGUCAGUGAUGGGCUCCAUUGUUUUUAAUCUUAGCCUUUAGACAUGAAAAUCUCCUUCCACAUAGGAUAUCCAGGCCACACCAGUAACGGACAUAAUGCAGGCACACAGCUCCAGAUUUUAGGCUUUGCGCAACACGUCAAGCAAAGUGUCCUUGCACAGAAACCAUCUUCCCCAUGCCAGUUGUGUUUGCAUAAGAGCAAAAGAGUCUGAGAGCAGCCUACAGGCUUCCACAGGCCCUUUCUCAACCGCUCCUUCUCUAGUGUGGUAGAAGUGUUUGUGUGUGUACUGGAAAGCCAGUAUGAUGCAAUGGUUAAAGUGUUGGACUAUGACCUGGGAGAACACGGUUCAAAUCCCCUCUGAGCCAUGAAGCUCACUGGGUACCCUUGGGCCAGUCACUGUCUCUGGACCUAACAACCUACGUUACAGAGUUGCUGUGAAGGUAAAAUGGGGGAGGGGAGAACCAUGUAUACCUCCCUUGAGCUUCUUGGAGGAAAAGGUGAUAUAUCAAUCCAAUCAAUCAAUAUAUAUAUAUAUAUAUAUAUAUAUAUAUAUAUAUAUAUAUUAGGAAGGACAUAGGAAGCUGCUUUAUUUGUCCAUCUAACUUAGUACUGUUUACUCUGACUGGCAGUAGUUUUCCAGGGUCUCAAGCAUAGGGUUUUCCCAUUCUCUGCUACCUAAUUCUUGUAAGUGGAAAUGUCAGCAGUUGCUGUUCUGUCCCCUGGAAAACUGCUCCUGGACAAUGUAGGACGGAGGCAAAAAUCAGGCAAGGGUGGUUACAGUGGGAAGGAAGGACCAGGAGCUUCCCGUGCAUGAACUUCCUUGAGCUAACUUAUAGGAUCUGAGCUUUUGUGUGAUUUGUAAAUGAAAUUGAUUAAAUAUUGCAAUGGUGCUGUACAAGGUUGUGUUUUAUUUCAUGUUAAGAAAACACUUUCUUUAAAAAAGAAAUUCUUUAAACUACAUUUAUCCAAAUAGGAAAGCUAAAGCUAUAGCAAUGAGAGAAAAAUGUAUUUGUCAAUCGAUCUGGACUUUACUAAUGUGCUCUUUGUUUGGCCACAUCCCUAUUCCAAAGUGAUUUUUGUGUUUCUUUCAUUUAUUAUUCAGCAAGUGAAAGAGGAGGUGGGUGGAAACUGAUUAAUUUUGUCCUUUAAACUCUGUAUGGGAGAAGGGGGUAUGUGGAAAUUGAAAAAGGUUGAUGAUUUAAACAGCCAUUAUUUCUAAAGUGGUGUAUUACAGACAUUUCCCCCCCCAAUGUAUAACUGCUUAAAGUUACAAACUGAGGAGCCAAUCACAGUUUUUCCCUCAAAACACUGAAAAGCUUCCUCAUGAAGGGUGUGAUACUAUGUUAACUCCUUUUUGAGCAAAAACAGGUAAAUCUGGUGAUAUUUCUUGUCUCUGCGUAUCAGGAUAUAUUAUACAUUUGUUGCCCUACUGUGGUUUUGCCAGAUGUGAGCUGCAUAUUCUACCACGUACAAGAGCAUUUUAUGUCCAGAUAUUUCUACGUGAAAUUCAGCCUUCAAGAGUGGCCCCAAAGCCUGUUUUCGUUGUAUGUGUGGAUUGGGGACUGAUCAUAUAAAUCUGCUAAUUCAGAGGAACACCAAGGAAGUACAUCCAAAUCUGGGCUUGAAGUAAUUUAAGAAUGAAUAGAAAGCUGAACUUAAAAGAGCCUGCUAGGUUUAUUUUUCAUUUGUUCUGAAACAAAAGAACAGAUUGUGAAUGAGUAUAUCUUUUUGUAUUCAUUAAAGGCCUGGAGAGAUGAUCUGUGUCUCUCACAGGAGGAGAGGCAUGAGCUGAAUUCAGUAGCUGCUCCUGCUCUUAGCAUUUCCAAUUCCCCUAUUGCCAGAAUGGUCUGGUCUGGACAAGAGAAAAGAUCUAUCAGGGGAUACCAUUCCUUCCCUCCCCAUUAGCUGCACCCAAUCUCAUAUGGAUUUCCCCCCUCUUAGAUUAACUCCAUCUGGACCUGAUGGUUUGUCCUUUUUCAAUUUCUCAAUAAGGUCUAGAACUUCAUCUCUCAUCACCAUUAUCUGCUUGUGUCCACAGUGGGGCGUUAAUGCAUAUGUAGGUAUCUGUUUCCAUAUGGUCAUUUGUGCAUCUUCAUCCACACAUGAGGGAUUCCAGGUUUAUGCCUCUGAAAUCUACCCUUAUGUUUCCCAUCUACAUCAUUGGGCAGUGCUUGAUGGGAUGUAUUCACGCUGCACUCUUGUCCGUUUGUGUCAAUUAGUACUUCCCUGCCCACCAUAAGUUCUACAAACCUAAGAUUGAUUGUGGGCAAGUGUGUAUGUCUGUGUUUUCCUGUGCACUUGUACUUUAAAACAGAAAAAGGAAGACCUUUUUCAAUCUACCAGAUUUGCACGACAUUUUCUCCUUUAGAUGCCUCUCUGAUUUUAUUCUCUGGCUCAAGACCAAACUGAUCCCGCAAUUUGGGGUGGGGGGGCAUAGAAGAAGAAGAAGAAGAAGAAGAAGUCCCCAGUACUGCUUUACUUUGGGGGCCUGGUGGUGACUCUGUGGAGGAGUCUCUGUUCUCAGGAACAAGUCCAUUUGGGCUAAUGGUGAUUUAUGCAGGAUUUGAUCCAUAUUUGAUAUUACUUCCUGUCUCUUUGAUCUACCUUUCUGGUACUUCUAUUCUCUUUCACUAAAGUACGCCUUACUUUUAAAACAAGAAUUAACCAGAUGUUUCAUAAACAGUCUGCAAAAGCUAGAAAAAACUUUCCAAAUGUAGAGUUAGGGUUUACAAAUCCAGGCAAGAGAUUUUGUGGUGGCACAUGCCAUGUUUUACACAGCAGAUGGCACUCUUAAUGCCUGAAAUAGGGAAGGAAUCCACAGAUAAACAAUGUGUGUUGAAAUCUCUGGUGCAGAAUUAGCACAAAGUGGUUGCUGGUGUCUAGGUCACUUCAUUUAGAAACAUAAUGUGGCAGUCAUCUGCUCAGGAGUUCUCACUACAUCUGCUUCCUUGAAUGAUGGAUUUAUAAUAAGAAAGGUGAAAAUUUUAGAAAACCUUGUAGAUGAAACCGCAUUUUGAAGGCAUCGCUGAAUAGUAACAUUUUGCACAUGUGGUCAUUAGCUUGUGAGAAAAGGAAUUCUAGUGACAGUUAAUGAAAGGAGUUAUUUCCCCCUUUAAAUUUAGGUUUUACUUACACGACACCUUGUGUUUCCAUUUCCUGAAGGAAAAUGACUUUUACUCCAAUGGAUGGCUGUCUUGCUUUCCCCACAACAGGAUACACAUAGGGUUGAAUCCAGACUUGGUCAUGCUUAUGGCAGAGCAACUGGAAUCAAUUGGACUUAAGUUUCAAUAGGUCUACUCUAAGCAUGAUUAAGUCCAGGUCAACCUAUAAUAUGUGUGUUUGUGUGUGUUUAUAAUGUGUACCCGCCCUGCCGACUGAAUGAAAAUCCCAUGAAUUCAGAGCUCUUUGUUUUUACACCAUUGAGCUAUAUUGACUGACAAAUUGUGUGUGUUCUCAUUUCAGGCAACGGGCCCCACCAUGAUCGAUGUAGUGUCUAUAACCCAAGCAAUUUGGUCGAUGGAGUCUACUGCCUCCCAAUAGGCCAUUGGAUUGAGGUUUCUGGCCAUACUGAUGAGAUGAAACAUACAACUGACUUCUAUUUUAAUAUUGCUGGACAUCAAGCUAUUCACUACUCCAGGUAACAACAAAAAAAGAGAUUAGGUGUUAUGAAAAACAGCAUGGGAAGAUGGUGAUUUACUUCAUGAUCCUAAGCAUGUCUACUCAGAAGCAAGUCAUGCUGCAUUCAGUAUGAUUUAUGUCCUAAUAAGUAUGAUUAAGAUUGAAGACUUAGCUCGGAAAACAAAAUACUUCAUAUUAUUUGCUGAUGGAUGAUCAUAUGCAAACAUGUGGGUGCUCAGAUACCCCAGCCACAUUUUCAAAAGUUUUGCUUGCAGUUGUGCUGACUAGAAACUCACAUUUACACAUUUGUUUCCCCACCCUCAAGGUGAAUUUCUAGCUGCCCUGGAUGAUCAUGCUUUUAUGGGGCACUUGAUAAGUGGUGGUCUCCUUUACUGAUACCACUUGGAAGAUCAAUUAUUGGAAUCAGCUAAUGUGAAAAACUGCCAGUCAACUUAACUUACAUAAUUUUAGAAACAUCUGACAUUGUGUCAAAUGACAAUCUGAUUAUGACACGGGAUGCUUAUUUUUAACACCAGCUGCUGUCGUCUUUAUUUGAAGUAGCAAAGCAUUGUCCUGUCUGCCCUCUAGAACUAAAAUAGUUAUUGUCCAGUAAACAAGAUUCUCAAUAGCAUUCUACAACAUCUGCAGAUAGGUAGCUAAUCUCCAAUUUCAACAUCUUGACUAAUAGCGGUAAUAACAGAUGCCAGGUGUUGAAUGGUGAAGAGAAUAAACAUGGAAAACAAAGAGAUGAGAUAAGGAAUUCACAGUCAAACUGCGAUGAGCAGAGCCAGAAGCUGGCAGCUGAGAAUGAAGCCAGAUGCUGGGUCAGGAAGCUGGGCAGCAGUAGGUGUAAGACUGGUAGACAGGUACAGUGCCAGGAGCGUGACACUUGGAGAUAAGCAAGUUUGGUUCUUUUAAACAAAGCCACAGAACUGCCAUACUGUAAGUGCAGCUGGCUUCCCUUGUAAGGCUGAGGCUGGCCAACAUGAAGCAAAUGGGAUAGAGCUAUGUGAGAGCACCAGAUGCAAGGUUGGCUCUUUAAGCAUGCUUCCCCUAUUCUUGAACUCCUUGGACGGAAGGUGGGGUAUAAAUGUAAUUAUAAAUAAGUAAUCUUAAAAAGAAACCUCAUGUGUGAAAGGAAAACCACUGGGUGUAUGUGCAUUUGAAGAUGUGAUAUAUAAGGGGAAAGUUGUGAUUUGCCCCAAAGGAGCCAGCCUUGGAAAAGCAGAACAUUCAAACUGAGAUGUAUACAAUGUGACUUUUUGAAGUGAUCUAGAUUUUUCCAAAUAUGCUCUUUAAAAGUUGGGGUUAAUACAGCGGCGGAGCAAGCCGAUUGGGCGUCGCACAUGCCCUGCGCCCAGGGGUGGGGCAACCUGCCUGGGGGGCGGGGCGAGCUGGGGCAGGAUGCUCCGUGCUUGCCUCCUCCCACUCAGCUACCCUACAGCUGGGGGGGGCGGACCGUUUGGGGCAGCACGGAGCCUGUGGGCGCUCAAGCCACCUUGUCACUCGCAGGAGAGACGUGUGAAGCAGGCACGCUGCAGGCCGCGAGGUGAGUGCUGCCCGGCAUUUUGUCACCCCCCCAGUGGUAACACCCAGGCAAGCCCGCCCCCACCACACCCCCUUCUCCGCCCAUCUCCUCUUAUUCCUUACCCAAUCCUACAGCCUUGAUCCAGCUCUAAGGUAAACGGACCCCUGACCAUUAGGUCCAGUCGUGACCGACUCUGGGGUUGCGGCGCUCAUCUCACUUUAUUGGCCGAGGGAGCUGGCGUACAGCUUCCGGGUCAUGUGGCUAGCAUGACUAAGCCGCUUCUGGCGAACCAGAGCAGCGCACGGAAACGCCGUUUACCUUCCCGCCGGAGCGGUACCUAUUUAUCUACUUGCACUUUGACGUGCUUUCAAACUGCUAGGUUGGCAGGAGCAGGGACCCAGCAACGACUCUGUGGUUUAACCCACAGUGACACCCGUGUCCAGCUCUAGUUAUACAUUAAAAAAAUAAUAGUGUUGAAAGUGACCGGCUGAGUAUAACCGUGCAGAUACACAUCCAUGCUGGCUAUGUGCACGUAACCUUUCUUCAGCACCUAGUUUUCCCUUGCUGGAUCAAGUGCAGUGUAAUUGUAAUAUUGCUGUAAUAAUUGAAAAUAAACUGGUCGGUAUGAUAGUUUGUAGUUUGCAACUCAGAUUCAAGCUUUGGAUAAUGUCUGAUCUUCCAGAUCCCCACCACACUACAAAUGUAGUCAGGUCCUAAGAACUGAUGGCAACAUCCCUCUAAUGCUUGUUGCCUUGUCAGCACAUAGACCCGCAUUCAGGCCUAGCUGUCAACCAUUUAGGCGUGAAUAUGUGCAGUGUGGUACUGCAGUGCCUCAAAUAUAACAUUUGGGAAUGGAUAAUGAGCUUAACUCGAAAUGCCACCUUGAAGUCAGGUAUAAGUAGCUUUCAAGAUUGCUUUAUUACUUACCCUAAAUGGAAGAGUCUUAUACUAAAAAUGCAUUGGAUUUUUAAAAAUCUUUUCGAUAAGUAUUUUAUAAGAACAAUUGCAGCAAGUAUUGUGGUAGUGGCUGUGUUAGCUUUGACUCUUUGCCUUGCUGUAACAAAAUUAAUUGUUUCAUAAAGGCCAUUAAAACUUCUAAUCAUCGUUAAUAAAGGUAAAGUCAACAGUGAAUUAUUAAAAUACCUCUGAAAAGAAAAAUGCUUUGUCUGGAAUAUAUAUAUUUAUAUUUAUAUGUAUGUAUGUAUGUAUGUAUGUAUAUGAGAACUAAGUAUGAAAGGGAAGCAAGAAAUCCAUUCAGCUGUUUAAAGAAAAAUAACCUGUGUGCUAAGUGUCACCCUGGAGUGAUUUUUUAUUGUUAAAUUAUAGCAUGAACUAUGGUGGAGAAAGUGACGACUUUUAACUGGAAUUCAGUGAGCUGUGCCAUUUGAGUAGAAAGCUGAAAAGAUGCCCUGUGGUUAAAUAAUUAAUUAAGAACAGAGCUAUGGCAUCUAUUGGGAUUUCUACCUUUGGAACUAAAUUCUGAGGCCCAAUUCCCCUUCUCUUUCCCUAGAAGUUCAAUAGCAACUGCAUCAGUAACAAGGCUAAAAAAUAAUGAGCUACAGAGCCAAAGUCAUUGAUUGUAUUGUAAGUUUUAAAGAGAGUCUAGAUACAGGCUCUCAUUUAAAACAGGGAAACAAGACUUGAGUUGCUUUUAAUGCAUGCUAAUGGGUUUAACCUGUCCCUUUUGAAGUCAGUGGGAAUUCUGCCAUUGAUUUCAGACCAAACAGCAUUGGACCUCAAAUAGCUCAGGAAAGUUAAAUAUAUUUAGUGCAUCAUUUAUCAUUUAAAUAUUCCGCGUAAGUAACUGAGCAGCAAAAAAAGAAAAAAAGAGCAAAGCAAUGUCAAGUAAUGUCACCCUAAGUUUUCUGUUGUUAUUACUGUGUAAGCUGUUGUCUUAAAAAUACUCCAAUUGGCAGCCUGAUCCUAUGGAAACUGAGCUAAGCACUAUACUCACAAACAAGUGUAUACAGGAGUGCAACUUUAAUGCAUAUAUAUAUAUAUAUAUAUAUAUAUAUGCCUCCCUCUCUCUAUAUAUAUAUACAGGUAUGUCUGUAUCUAAAAUACUGUAUGAAAUACAAAUUGUCCUCCAUCUCUCUGAACCCAUCUGCCUUUCAUGGUUCCAGGGCUUGAAAGCUUGGCUUGUUACAGUAUUUUUGUUUCAUCUAGAUGUCUUGCUAUGGGUAACAAAUGUUCCCCUUCAUCAUCCCUAUUGCUUCUACUGCACAGGAUCUCAGAUAAAGUCAGACAUGCCUCCCAAUCUUCACUGAUUCCACUCAUUAAAUAUUGUCUGGGGUUUGUUUAGGACAAACAGACCUAUAAUAGUUUAUUUUCCCUCACCCAUGAAUCCAGUCUGCAGACACUUCUCCAAGCCAGGGUAGGCAGCCAAUCAUGCUUCUCACGUUACACUUUCUCUUCCCAACAGUCUUCCAGUUACAGUGACUGUUCCUCCAACUUUACUCAUUUGUUUCUGCUGAUAGAUAAAGCCUUUUAAUCUUGGUUACUGGCUACAAAACUUCAUAGGCCAAGCUCAUCAUCACUUAUCCACACUUUGGACUUCUUUUGGCACCCCAGUGGGGUGCUUUGCAGCUGAGAUUCUAGGUUAGCUGUGUCCCCUAAUAUACACAUUUUUGUAUGUUGUUUUCUCAGACAUGCGAAUUUUAAUGCACACUCACCCCAAUAUAUGUGUUUUUGUACACAUCGCUUAGCUGGACAAUUGUGUUGCAAAAGUCAUUGAAUUUUCGAAGGAUGGCUGUGUUUCAGAACAUGUGAAUUAGGUGGGUUCACCUUUAAGUGCAAUCUGAAUUUCUUCCCCCUCCCUAGCUGGCCCUGAGAUUGCUGCAGUUACAUGUGACUCCAGAGGCAUAUGCCUGUAGUGCCUGUACACCACUUGAGUAUUCCUUGAGAGUAUUUAUUCUGAAAUAAGUAAAUAAAUGUACUUUCUCCUUCCUCUCUGCUCUGGACAAUACUUUAGCACCCCACAGGCCCAGUGAGAGCACAGGGACUCUUUUCCCCUGCCUCCUCAUAUAUCAUAAGAGAACAUAAGUUCAAAUCCUCAUGGAUUCCAGAAUCCUACCGAUGCAACCUUAUUGUGUCUUUGGACUGUAUAUUGUUUCAGGCUUAUCUACAACUUUCACAUUUUAGCUCAGAAGCCUAUAUAUGGUUUAUCAGAAGAAAACUUGCAUAUUCCUCGCCUAUAGCUUAGUUUUUAUAACAUUUCUUAUUUUUAAAAGUAAACAAACAUUACUGAAUCAUUGCAGUUUUUUCCCCCAAGAGACCUUUUGUUUCUGCAGAAAACAAAAUUCCAAACAGUUGAAUUGUGGCUGUGCUUGUAGAGAGAGUACUUAAGAGGCUCAUUUGAAAAAUCUCCCAUUUCCCCACUUUAAUGCUAUGCAGCGGGAGAUUUUAUUGUGAUACUCAGGGGGCUAGAUGUACAGCUCCCAUAACAGUUAAAAAUGUUGUUCAAAUCUCUGUGAACCACGAUAAAAAAAAUUGAGCUCUGUCAGUUUGCCAACCUGUUUGAAAUAUGGAUUUCAUUUCCUCUUUACUGGCUAAGCAACAUUGAAGACUUGAAAAUCAGAACGAUGUGUCUCAUUCCAUAUUCUCCCUCCCUCUCCCCACAACUUUUUACCAAGAUUAUAAAUACCUGAUAGAUACAAAAGAGUAAAGGAAUUGGACAGAACAUGCAUUUUUUCCAUUAAAAUUAAUCCAAGGGAAGAGGUCAUGUUGAUAAAAUGUGUUUCAUCAUUUUGAGAGUGAAAUUAACCCCUUCCUAUAAAAAGAGAAAGCAAUUACACUUUGUUCAGACAACUGAGGUGGAAAGAUAGGAAUAAAGGUAUUGUGGGGGAGACUAUUAGCACCCCAAGUUUUCAAGAUGCUAGGAAAAUAUUGCUUAUUUUUACUGGUAACUUGCUACAUAAUGUAUAAAAAAGUAAAGGUAAAGGACCCCUGACAGUUAUGUCCAGUUGCAGAUGACUCUGGGGUUGCGGCGCUCAUCUCACUUUACAGGCCAAGGGAGCUAGCGUUUGUCUGCGGACAGUUUUUCUUUUUCUUUUUUAAAUGAUAUUUAUUGAGAAUUUAAAAUUACAGAGAAAGAAAGAAAAAGAAAACAAGAAAGAAAGAGAAAGAAAGAAAAAGGUAGACAAAAAUAACAAACAAUACAAGUCAAUAAAAACCAAAGUCAAAGAAAAACAACAACACACAUCAAACUCAAAAAACAAAAAUAAACAAAAAAUUUAAAAACAAAUCCAAUAUUCCCAAAUCCUUAUUUUCCAUUAACUUAUUUCAUCGACCUCCUCACACCUCCCUUUUUUGUAUUCUAGUUAUUAAUUAGCUCAGCAAAUCCUUUCCAUCUUUCACAAUAUUCUGUCAUUAAAUUACCUUAAUCUAUUUUAACCAUAUCUUACCAUAAAUAACCCUCAAGCUUAAGACUUAAAUCUUAUUUAUACCUAAUUCUUUUAAGCAUAACAUAUUCUUACAUAAUUCUUUUUAACAUUUCUACUAAAGCCAAAUAAUUUCAUUCCAACAUUUCUCUAGUACUCAUUAAUUUUACGAUAAUUUUCUAUAUAAAUAAAUUUUUAAAACUUUCUUCCAAUCUUCAUCCAUCGUCUCUUCUUCCUGGUCUCGGGUUUUGUCAGUCCUUUCUAUCCCAUCCAUCUAGUCCAUCAACCUGGUGACCUUCUAUCCGAGGCUCUUAAGUCUUUUCUAUGUCCCUUCCGCAAGUCUUCUUCAUGUUUAUACCUGUACUUUACAUUGUCUUCUGCUGAUCUUAUUCUUAAUUUCCUUCCUUUCUCUCAGGGAGACUCCAACUUGACAAUGUCUUUGCCCCCUCUCGAGAAGUCAGCCCAUUCUCCAUAGUCAACACUGAAAUCCAUAUGAUAUUUAGAAGCAUGUUUCAAAGUCCCUCCAAAGUUAAGGGCCCCCACAACUCACAACUCCCCCGGCCCAAAGCCAAAUUUGAAAGGUCAAAACAUCCCUGCAUAGGGGGAUCUAUCCAGCUUCCCAUCUCCAAGCCAAACAGAACUCCAUCUCUCCAAAUCUGGCUUUCUCCAGAUUCAUUCGUCAGAUCCAACAGCUAAUUUUCCUGCAGGGCCGCAGCUCUCUCCAUUUCUGCUACUUGAGAUUCAGGAACAACCUCCUCCUUUAUCUUCUUCACCACGUGAUCUGUCAAAGCACAUUCCUGGAUUAAUUCCUGAGUGGGUUCUAUAUAGGUAUUCACUGUUUGUCCAAAAUUUCCGACUGCGACAGUCAUCAAAUCCAUCUUCUCAUGUAGCUGUUCCAGUAAAGCACUUGUCUUGCAAAGAAAAAGUACUAACGCUUGUUCUAGGCACAUUCUUGUUCAAGGUCAAAGUCUGGUCCCACAAUCUUUAAUCUCUACAGCUGCAAAGCUCCCCAGAUCAACUCUAAUAACAGUUUCACAAGCUCCCUCUAGGGGAAACAAUUUCUAUUUGUAUCCAUCUUUUUAAAGGCAGAUCUAGCAACAAAGUUCCUUUCCUUUUUCAGAUAUUUUGUUUCUUUUAAAUGCAAGAGGGAACAUUGGAAUCAAUAUGUUUCUCUUUUUUUAACUAUCUGUCAAAAACGUUUGUCUACAGUCAAUGAACUUCCCCAAAGCAUCCGUCCUGACACCCCGCUCCCAGGUUCAAGACGGUGGAAAUUUAUCUUUCUUUACUCUCUCUUCUAUAGGUUUAAACAAUCUAAAAAGCUUCCCCCCUCUUCUCCUGCUUCCAAGGGGGUUUAGUAAUUUUAAAUGAUGGAAAUUUAAUCCUUUACAGACGACUUUCCAGACUCUAGCUUGCAAUGUCUUUGCUUCAAUCUAUUUACAAAAGCGGAAGGCGGACUUCCUGUUUAGACCUUCCUGCUUCAAUGCCAAAUUAAGAAAUUUCAUAGUCCAAUUUUCCAUUCUACUCACAAGCAGUUGUUUAAAAUCCAAUUGUCCACAGGAAAAAGUCAGCGCUCUCCAGCAACAGCAAUGCGGCUUCACUCCGUGAAAAAAGCGGUCGAUUCGAAGCACCGCGCCAUUCACCCCACGUCGCUCCAGAUCCCCGAAACCGGGUUUCCCCGUGAGUAGGGGAGGCACAAAAGGUGCCAGCCGAAUCCCACGUCCACAGGCUUCUCCCGCCUGUGGUUUUUAAUGGGUCUCCGCCUUGCCGCGGCGGUCCAGACCCUAAUUCUCACGAAGCGGAUUCCUAAUUCUCACGAAGCGGAUUCCUCCUGAUCAGAGGAAAUCCGCCAUUGCCAGAGGCGCAAACCCGGAAGUCUCUACAGUUUUUCAAGGUCAUGUGGCCAUCAUGACUAAGCUGCUUCUGGUUCAACGGAACACCGAAACCAGAGCAGUGCACGGAAACACCGUGAUACCUAUUUAUCUACUUGCACUUGGGGGGGGGCAUGCUUUCAAACUGCUAGGUUGGCAGGAGCUGGGAACGAGCAACAGGAGCUCACCCCGUCACAGGGAUUUGAACCGCUGACCUUCCAAUCAGCAAACCCAAGAGGCUCAGUGGUUUAAACUACUCUGCAAAUCAGUUCUUGAUGUUGGGGAUUUCCCCCCCUUUCUGUAACUGAAGCAAGCUGACUUAUGCAGCACAAUCUUCUACAUAUCAGAAGUAAGUCUCAUUGAGCUCAGCGAGGCUUACUUCUAGGUAAGUGGGUAUAGGAUUGCACUUUAGUCUAUAUAAGUAAUAAGGAACCUGUGGCCCUCCAGGUGUUUUUAGACCACAUCUCCCAUCAUUCCUGAUAAUUCGCCAUGCUGGCUGUGGCUGAAGAAAUUGGAGUCCAACAACAACUGGAGGACUACAAGUUCCCCAUCCCUGAAUGAACAAUGACAGGAUUCCAUCAGUGAAUUGUCCUUUUAUUAUAAUGAAUGGACCAAUUAACUACCCAUUAUCACUCAUGCUGCUCCUUCUGGGAUUUUCUAAACUCCCUUCCACGGGCUACCUGGCAAUUGCUAAGGGUCUUGGCGGACAGCUUAAUAAUUUUUCUGCCUGUUGUAGCAAAUAUAAUGCACUAUUCACCUUGUAGGUUAGAAAACCAGACUCUUAAAUUCAGCAUGAAUAGUUUCAUAAGCAGGUGGCAUAACACUUAUUAUUCCAUGGUUUCAAACAUGUUGUAUAUCACUAUAUAAUGUGGUGUUAAACAGUGAUAAAAAGGUGCCUGCCUCCUUUUAGUUGCCAAGUCUGUUCCCUUGUGAGGAUCUCAGAUAAGUAGACUAAAUAACAUCUAAGAAGAAAAUUUGCCAGUUCUUAAUUACUUUUCACCAGUGUGCCACAAAUAAUGAAAAAAGAGGGAAACGAGCAUAGAAAAUGUAUUGUAGUCUAUUUCAUUUCUGCCAUAUAAAAGCCCUGGAGUAGAAUUGCCUUAAAAUGCACAGCUUCGGUAGCAAAUAAGAAAGAAAUUAUAAAUACAAAAUUCUUCUCCUCCUAAUUAUACAAUUUAGAUGAAAAAUGAACUUCCCAAGUUGUUUCACCAAAGUGAGCUCUCCAGGGCACAAGUAUGGCUGUCCUGGGCUGCCCAGAUGACAGCACUCUCCCCUCGGCCUGCUGGUGUGGUCCAAAGGAAAGCAGAUCAAUACAAUUGGCAUCAGCUUGGCUGGAGGAGUUGCCAGAAGAAGGCAUGCAAGGCACCAUCCAACUGUCUUAGGGACUUCAUUCUGGAUUUGUAUAGGGUUUACUCCUUAGCAUUUUCUUCUCCCAAAGAUAUUCCGCAAGGCAGUGGAUAAUUCCAAAGAGUAACAGAAAAAACAAAAUAGGUAUCUUAGUCUUAGCUGUCUUUAUAGCUAAUGAGCUACUGUAAUUGUGCACAAAACGCUUGUGAGGUAGUGGCACAGAAGUAUGAAGUUAAAUGACACCAUACACAAAGGUAAAAGCUAGAUCUUCUUUUCAAUAAAAAGCUUGUGUACAAUAAAUUAAGAACAGGUGAUAAGCAAAUGGAGACUUUCCAUUUUGAAUAACAUGCUGAUUGGUGAAUAGUGAAUCAUGUGCCUUCCAGCCACCAGAAUGGUUGCAUCUCUUGUUGAAAUCCAUAAGUUUGCUGGGAUCUAAGGCCUGGCCUUACCAUUUCUUUAUCUUGGUUUACUGCUCUUCUCUAUGAUUAGUCACUAUCUUUUCCUAUCCCAUACCAUAUAAAAUGAAGUAUGCUUUUAUCAAAUGCAGACUUGAUCACUUUGACCUUGCCUUUUCCUGCUUGCUCCCAAAUCCUGCAAGUUUCUCUUUGCUCCUUGCCACACUGCUGCCUACUUCUCCCUCUGACCUGCCUGGACUGCCCUUUGGAAUUUGGACCUGAUUUUAUCUCACCUCUUUCAAUUUCGCCUUUGAACAAAUGUGCCAGACCACUCUUCCUUCCCUUCAGAGAGCUCAACACUGCAAGGGGCAGAGCACUAUGUACCAGUGAGCAGCAGAAGCUCGGAAAGCAAAAUGAGAAUCUAAAAAAGAGUGCAUGGACCAGGAAUCCAAAAUUAGUCACUGCUCCCUGAUGCGUCCAUUGUGCAUUAAUAAGCUAUGUUCAAAUGUAACAUAGCCAAAUCCUAUGCAGUGUUAGUGUGCCCAUUCAAAUCACUGGACUCAGGCAUACCUGAUGCUGCAUAUGAUCAGACUGGUAAAGUUCACCCUUUGGACAUGUGCCAGACCCUCUGGAAGAACAUCUGCCAUGUAGAGUGUGAAGCAGCUUUCAAAGAGAUUGAGUCAGCACAUGACUGGUCAAGUAGAGUGAACUGUUUCUCUUGACAACUUAGUGGAGUUUAAGUAGGACUUCAUUGCUGUGCUUUUGAAAAGAAUACAUUGGCUUUCAUCUAAUCAAAAUCAGCAGUAUAAACAACUUUAAUGGCUGGUGAGUGACUUUAUUACCAAUUUCUUCUGCAAAGUAGCUUAAUUCUGGCAAGCAUUUAGCUUUUAACCAUAGGUGAUGGCCACAUAGUGCCUCAUUACAGAUGCAAGCAAGUUAAAUGCAUCACUUAAAGUCUGCUUACAUGGGGCUGCUUUUUACAAGGCUUCUGGACAGGGAUGGGUUGCUCAUGAGACUAGAAGCAAGUUUUAUGAGGCUGCUGAUUUUUUAGUGCUUCAGAGUGGCGGUGUGCAGUGCAGAAUAGUGUCAAAACAGCAAAGAUCUUUUACAGCUCUAGGCUCACAACAUCUCUGUGGGUGAGAAGAUGAUUCACGUGUGUAUUGAUUAAAUGAAAAGAAUGUGUGGCUUCAGCUAUAUCUAGAGUGAAUUGUCAAAUUUAAUUAAGAAUCUACAAAGGUGGGAAGGGAGUCAUCCAAGCAUUUGGUGCUUUGGCAUCUUUAGACUAAUUAAAAUCUUCUGACAGAAGAAACACUCUGUAAAAGUGACUUCCCAGGAUCCCAUGUUUCCUCUGCUCUUUUUGGCUCAAUUUUCAAAUUGCAACAGACUUCCAGAACCUGGCCUAUUCCUUAGUCUUGAGGGGAAGAGAUAUCCUCCUCCAUACUGGUUUUUUAUCAACCUCCCCACACAACAUACACAAAAACCCAAGAUUAGAGGAAAAUCUAGAAAAAAUGAGUCUAGAUUCAUGCUGAAGAAUUUGCUGUCAGGUCCUUACAUGAGAAUGCUAGGUCAGUGGAAAUCCUUGUAAGAUAGUUUUUGUUGUUGUUUUUUUUGGGGUAUAUAAUUUUAUUAAGUUUCCUGUUUUACAAUUUAAAAUACUCAUGUUGCAUUCUUAAGAUAUCAAUGACUUCCCUUCUCUUUCCAUGGUUCAUUUUACAUAUCAUUAAUCCCUGCAUAUUUUACAAAAACUAUACCAUUCAGUAUUCCAUUGUUGCAUCCAUCAAAAUUUGUUUACACUGUUGAAUUUAUCAAUGCUGCUAGAGUUUUCAGCUGUACACAAUUAUUUCCCAUGUAUUCAGUAUACAUUUUCCAAUCUUCUUUAAACGCAUGUUCUUCUUGUUCUCUUAUUCUAUCUGUUAAGUCUGCGAGUUGUCCAUAUAGUGGUACCUCGGGUUACAGACGCUUCAGAUUACAGACACUUCAGGUUACAGAUGCCGCUAACCCGGAAGUAGUACCUCGGGUUAAGAACUUUGCUUCAGGAUGAGAACAGAAAACGCACAGCGGCAGCGGGAGGCCCCAUUAGCUAAAGUGGUACCUCAGGUUAAGAACAGUUUCAGGUUAAGAACAGACCUCCAGAACGAAUUAAAUUCUUAACCCGAGGUACCACUGUAUUCUGUCAACUUAAAUUGCCAUUCUUCUUUUGUUGGGACCUCCCUCAUUUUCAAUUUUUGGCUAACAAAACACGGGCCGCAGUAGUAGCAUGCAUAAAUAACCUUUUUUUGACACCUGGGAAUUUCAGUCAGAAUUAUCCCCAACAGAAAGGAUUCUGGUUUUGUGGGGGAAGUACUUUCAAGUACUUUUUUUCAAUUCAUUAUGGAUCAUUCCCCAAUACUCUUUUACCCUUUUACAAGUCCACCACAUAUGAAAGAAUGUUCCCUCCACCUCUUUACGUCACCCUGUGGGCACUCAGGCUCAAAUGGCAACUUACCCUUCUAUCUCCUAGGGGUAUCACUGGCUUUGGGGCAGGCUUCUUUGACCAUUUUCAAUCAAUAUAAGAGGAGGCAUGAGUCACAAUGGGUAGAUAAUAUUCUCAGCUGCACUUCAGGUCCAGACAGUUUUACCAUCCUUUACCCUCUGUUGGCCUGACUUGCUCUGAUAUGCAUGACUCGUUUUUGUAGGCCUUUUGUCCUGUCCACAUUUGACAGAACUUACUUCUGUAUUAUACAGAGGUGGAAAAGAACACCAACUAUUUGUGCUUCUUUGCCCCACACACUUUCUCACGUCCCCUGUUAUAUGGAAAGUGGGACUUGCAGAUCUCAUUCACUGUGAGAACUCUAAGCUCCAGUAGUUAUUUGGGGCUUGUGAAUCUUAUCAGAGGAUAAAUCCCUAAGUCCCACUGCUCAUGUUAUACCGCAAGGAGGGAAAUUAGAAGUGUGAGUCAUUCACAGUUUGUUUUUCUUUUCCUCGUCUCUGUAAUGGAUAUACUGCUCCUUAGUGUUCUGAUUCUAACUCAAGGUUAAGCUUUGCAUUGCCCUGUUACAUUGUCAACUAUAGAAAAUGAUAGUUGCUACUCAAACAGCUUCUCAAGAACACAUAAGAGAAAGCCAAGUUGUUGGGAGCCAUUGUGACACUGUAGGCUUGAGAUGACCAAAUGGACUAUAGAUAGCAUCUGAACUUAAUUUUAAAUGUCUGGUGCAUGAAGCUUGUUCCCACGUCAGUUUUUGGAUUUCAUAUGAGGCUCAGGGAACAGGAACAGAUGCCACGAGGGUGAAAAUGCCUUUAUUUCUUCUGCUUGAUUUGGGAUCUACACUUCUAGAAACAAGAAAAUAGCGAACAAGGAUUAGACAUCAUAUGAAUGUUGGUUUUCCAUGGCCCUCUGGUUAAAAUAUACAAUUUCAUCCUCCAUCAACAACUGUGGUCAAAUACACCCCAACAGCACUGAAAAAAUAAAUCUUUGUGUCACUCUUUCACAACUCCAUGUUCCGGGUAGGUCUCUGCCGUGCUGAGGUGAAAAUUACCAUGAGGCACACAUACACCAAUGUUUUUACUAUCAUGGCAUUUGAGGUCAACUCUACCGCAUUCCUCAACAGUACUGAGGAAAAAAAUGAACAUAUGGACAUAUGGUACCCCACAGGUUUAUAAAAUGCCUUUACAAACCUGAAUUGUUUAAACAUUUUUUUCCAAAAUUAGAAUGUUCCUUGUGAACCUCCCCACCCAUUAAUUUGCACAAAACCUACUAAUUCAGCUUUUGGUGGGGGAGAUCACUGAGACCCCAGUCGAAUCUACAAAUGUUUGUAAGUAGCCUGCACCCUCACUUCACCAGGUUGCCAGACUUAAUGCCAACUUUCAAUCAAAUAAGUUUUGAAAACACUUUUUGUGAUUAAAAACUCUGAGGUCAGUUAGAAACCCCCCCCAUACCAUUUGUGUAGCGUUUUGUACAUUAUAGAGAUCAUACUGUAGUGGUUAGAGUGUUGGACUAGGAUCUGGGAGACCAGGGAUCAAAUCCCCACUCAGCCAUGAAGCUCUCUAGAUGACCAUGGGACAGUCAUUGUCUCUCAGCCUAAGCUACUUCACAGGAUUGCUGUGACAAGAAGAAGAAGAAGAAGAAGAAGAAGAAGAGUACAGUGGUGCCCCGCAAGACGAACGCCUCGCAAGACGGAAAACCCGCUAGACGAAAGGGUUUUCCGUUUUGGAGGCGCUUCGCAAAACGAAUUCCCUAUGGGCUUGCUUCGCAAGACGAAAGCCCAUAGGGAAAUCUCCGGGGACCUCUUUUAAAUGCUAGCGGUGGGGAGCAAAGCCUUCCCCCCCCCUCCGGCCUUCAGAAGAGGUCCAGGAAGGCUGGCGGGGGCCGAAGGCUUUGCUCCCCACCGCCAGCAUUUUAAAAGCAGUCCGGGAUAGCAGGAGCGCUUCCCGCUAUCCCGGACGGCUUUAGAAGGCAGGAGAGGUCCGCUGAAGCCUGGGCGCGCUGAUCUCAGCGCGCGCAGGCCUCGGCAUGCCGGCAACUCUCCGCAAGCAGCGGCAGCGCUGCCGCUGCUCGCGGAGAGGUCCGCUGAGCCUGGGCGCGCUGAUCUCAGCGCGCGCAGGCUUCGGCAUGCCGGCAACUCUCCGCAGCAGCGGCAGCGCUGCCGCUGCUCGCGGAGAGGUCCGCGGAGCCUGGGCGCGCUGAUCUCAGCGCGCGCAGGCUCGGCAUGCCGGCAACUCUCCGCAAGCAGCGGCAGCGCUGCCGCUGCUCGCGGAGAGGUCCGCGAGCCUGGGCGCGCUGAUCUCAGCGCGCGCAGGCUCGGCAUGCCGGCAACUCUCCGCGAGCAGCGGCAGCGCUGCCGCUGCUCGCGGAGAGGUCCGCGAAGCCUGGGCGCGCUGAUCUCAGCGCGCGCAGGCUCGGCAUGCCGGCAACUCUCCGCAAGCAGCGGCAGCGCUGCCGCUGCUCGCGGAGAGGUCCGCGAAGCCUGGGCGCGCUGAUCUCAGCGCGCGCAGGCUUCGGCAUGCCGGCAACUCUCCGCAAGCAGCGGCAGUGCUGCCGCUGCUUGCGGAGAGGUCCGCGAGCCUUGGCUGGACAGCUUUUGAAGGCAGGUGGGGGGGGGGACAAAGACUUUCGCCCCCCGCCAACCUUCAGAAGAGGUCCAGGACCUCUUCUGAAGGCUGGCGGGGGCAAAAGUCUUUGUCCCCCUGCCUGCCUUCCCAGGGGCUUUAAAUUGCCCCGGACAGCGGAGAAGUCCUCCGCUGUCCCGGGGCAAUUUUAAAUGCCGCCCGCCAGCAUUUUAAGAUCGCCCCGGACAGCGGAGAAGCCCUCCGCUGUCCCGGGAUUUUAAAAUGCUGGGGUGGAGUGGGAAGAAAAGCCCUUGUCCCUCCCCCCCAGCCUUCAGAAGAGGUCGGGGGACAGACUGUCCCCGGACCUGGUCUGAAGUCGGUUUCCCUAGGAACGCAUUAAUUGAUUUUCAAUGCAUUCCUAUGGGAAACCGUGCAUCGCAAGACGAAAAACUCGCAAGAAGAAAAAACUUGCGGAACGAAUUAAUUUCGUCUUGCGAGGCACCACUGUAGUCUGGAUUUGAUAUCCUGCCUUAUCACUACCCGAAGGAGUCUCAAAGCAGCUAACAAUCUCCUUUCCCUUCCUCCCCCACAACAAACACUCUGUGAGGUGAGUGGGGCUGAGAGACUUCAGAGAAGUGUGACUGGCCCAAGGUCACCCAGCAGCUGCAUGUGGAGGAGCGGAGACGCGAACCCGGUUCUCCAGAUUACGAGACUACUGCUCUUAACCACUACACCACACUGGGAGGGGGAGCCAGAACAGCCUGCUUUUGGAGGAAUCUAGCCAGAACAGAUAUUUCUUCUCGGUGCACAAAUGUAGGGAAUCAGCCCUUUAAAAAUGACCAUAUAAACUAAGAACCAUGAGACAAACAGGUAAGGUCAAUUUUCUUUCUUUUUGAUAAGAUUUUAUUGUUUACGUUAAUAAUGCAGAACAUAACCAAUUUCACCCUACCCCGGUCUAUAAAUGGCUGUGGAUAAUACAGUAAAAUAGGAAGAUGUGCAGAGCUUUACAAACUAAAGUUAACUGAAAAUGAAGCUCAUCUCCUUGGAAUAUAAGGGUUAACCAUAUCAGUGGUGUUUUUAUUUAUGUAUAUUUGUUAUAAUUUCUAUUGUAUCAAAAGUCUGGAAUGUAUUACUGAAAUCUAUGGUCCCUCUUUGUCUCUGCUUCAAUAUUUUCCAUCUGUUUUAUGUGAUGGUUUUCUUCUAUGCUAGAUUUUACAUUUCAGUAUACAAUAAACAAACAAAUAGGGGGAGAAUUGUUUAUGCCACUUUGAGCUCUUUGGGAGGAAAAGUGUGAUGCAAUGUAAAAAUAAGUAAAUAAUGUAGUGAGGUAUUGUUGACCCCAAUGAUUUAUAUGUAAAAGGAAGGUCUUACUGAAGGCUUAAAACAACAACAACAAACAUUGCAAACAAUGGCAUGUUUCAUAACUUCCACCAGGUAUUUGAUUGAUUUAUUACUUGAGCUACAGUUGUCUUGAUACUGGGUUGGUACAAUCAAUAUUUCAACUGAGCACAGUCUGUUUCGCUAUACCUUAUAGAGGGAGAAUAUUCAGUAUUUAAUACGAUUGUUACAACUAUGCGGAAGCAGAGCCCACACAUUCUAGAGAGAUAAAUUUAAUGGAGGAAUUAAACUUCUCUCAUUAAAGCACAGUCAAAUGAACCAACUCUUUAAGGCAGAUUUUGUAAAAACAGAAUGGUAAAAAUUGCUAUUAUAACUUAUGCUGGCAGUCCUCGUGACAGCUUGCUUGUUUAACAAGUAUGUCAUAUUGUAGUGCUCACAUCAAUUAUCCAUAUAAAAGGCUUUUCUGCUGCAAAUGUAGAAAGACUUUCUUUGAGAGUUUCUAAAGCUGUUAGCUCUUGAUGUCAAGAACACUGUUUUCCUUCUGAAUGAAUGGCUGCUAGAAUACUGUUAGUGUUAAUGGAGCACAAAUGAUAAUCAAUGGGACACUGCAUCCUGCUUUAUAAUAUCCAAACUAAUUCUAUUGCAGACUCACAAGCCAAUCCUAACUGUAAAAAGCUGGGGUCAACUCCACUGUCAUAAGGCAUGCUGGUGUAAGUUACCCCAUUCCAAACUCUGUGCAGGCAGAAUGUGACUUACCACACCGGUGAGAUGUCUGUGGUGAGCAACGGCUUCCUUUUCCCCACCAGCACUGUCUCGAUUUGUGUGUCUACCUGCCUGAAUGUGUGUAUGAGUCUGCCAGCCUGAGUGAAUGUCUGUAUGAGCAUGUAAUGAGCAUGUAGUGUGGAAGUGUCAGGUGGCAGAGAAACAACUCCCACGGCAGGUUGCCGGGAAUGGAUAAGACAAGGAAAAGUUCUUAACCACCUGCUUUUUUAUUCAAUAUUUACAGAGAGAGGCUUGGGAUGCAGCCUCUUAGAAUAAUGGUGUUGUCCCGAGUGACUCUCUGCCCCCUUUUUCUCCCACUUCCUCAUUCGUCUUCAUCUCCCCUACGGGUGGCACUGAGGGCCUUUUGCUGCUGAGCCCUUUGCUCUCCUACUUUCAAGGCUUGCCAGGUUCUGGGAGAGGGGUGGGGUCUGGAAUGCUUUCUAAAGACACUGUGUCUGUCAGCUGUUGCCCUCCUGGUGUUUCCUCCUCCUCCUCUUCCUCCUCCUCCUCUCCCAUUAUUUCCCAGCUUUUCUGCUCAUCUGCCUCUGAGCUGUGACCUCCCUCAAACCCCUGUUGUAAUUCUGAACUGUCUUCUUCUCUGGGAGGGUCAGGCUGAGGAGGCAGUCUCCGCCAUUCCUUCUCUGCCCAGCAAGUGACUGUGUGGGCCAUGUACACUUCAGCUAUUCAUACUUUGGCUGGCUGUCAGUGCAGAUCUUGAGCCAAAAGUGGUUAGCUACCCCAGCUGUACAGGCGGCAUAGGUGUCCUGCUAUUGCAGCCAUAAACCCAUCAUGUCCUUCCUAUGUAUUUUUAUCAUGUUACCGGUUUAUAGAAAGUCUUUUUUUGUUUGUUUUUUUACAGAAUUUUGCCAAAUAUAUGGUUAGGAAGUUGCCCUCGUCAAGUGGAGCAUGUGACCGUAAAGCUAAAACGAGAGUUGGGCAUUACAGCUGUAAUGAACUUCCAGACUGAAUGGGACGUUGUUCAGAAUUCCUGGGGAUGUAAUCGCUAUCCUGAACCUAUGAGUCCAGAAGUUCUCAUGAAGCUGUAUAAAGAAGAAGGCCUUGCUUAUGUCUGGAUGCCAACACCAGACAUGAGUACUGAAGGUAAUAUUCACAUUCUGCCAUGAGUUAGAAUAACUUGAAGAAGAAGAAAAACAUUCAGGAAAAGAUAUGCAUUGUGUGAAAGGUUAGCAUCAGCUUUCACACGGCUUCACAAAUUACUUGCUGUUAUCUUCCAGGCAAUUUGCUGCCAUGGCACACCAUAUGUCCAGAGAUAGAGAUCAGAGUGUUCUAUGGAUUUAGCAAGCAGCUCUCAUAUAUAAAAAACUUGUUUAAAUUGUGCUUGCUCUUAACUGCAUUGAGCAAUCUUGAAAUACGCUGAAUACGCUUGAUGUUCAACAGUACCUGAAAGAAAGCUCUAUCCUUAUUACUGAGAUUAAUAAUAUGAUGAUGAUGAUAAUGAAGAUAAGCAAUCAUAUACAGUGGUGCCCCGCAAGACGAAUGCCUCGCAAGACGGAAAACCCGCUAGACGAAAGGGUUUUCCGUUUUGGAGGUGCUUCGCAAAACGAAUUUCCUAUGUGCUUGCUUUGCAAGACGAAAAUGUCUUGCGAGUUCCUGCGGGGUUUUUUUCCUCCCCCCCCCUUUUUCCCAAGCUGCUAAACCGCUUAUCAGCUGAUGGCUAAGCCGCUUAACAGCUGAUCUUUAAGCCGCUUAUCAGCUGAUCUUUAAGCCGCUUAACAGCUGAUGCUAAGCCGCUUAUCAGCUGAUCGUUAAGCCGCUUAUCAGCUGAUCUUUAAGCCGGCUAAGCCGCUAAUACUGUAGCGCUAAGCCGCUAAACCUCUAAUGGGCUUGCUUCGCAAGACGAAAAAACCCGCAAGACGAAGAGACUCGUGGAACGGAUUCUUUUCAUCUUGCGAGGCACCACUGUAUACCCAAUAAAUUAAAAGUUGCUUUUAUCAGUAGUACUCAAAAUAUACAGGGAUUUAUUUCAUAAUCUGAAGUUUUCCCACAUAUAUAAAAAAGUACACCAUCACGAUUGAUCUCAAAGGUAGCACAUACUUUCCCCCAUCUAGGGAUGUGGAAGGGGAAAGUAUUCAUUUCACAUUUAAUGCAAAUCUAUCUAAUAUGAAGCAAAACAGAGCCACCCUUCAAAAUUUAUACUUCUCUGAAUUUUGCAAUAAAGUUUUCCAGCCAAGUAAUGUGUACAAGAAUGUAUAUAUUAGAGUAAUAUAUCAGUGGAAAAUAAUAUUCCAAAAUGCAUUAUAUUAGGGGAAAUUGCUUUGCAAAAAUGCAUGCAAAAAUGUGUAUAUUAGGAGAAAGUCACACUACAAUGCUGGUGAGUUUUCAGGAUGAUUUCUUUUUUAAAAAAAGGUUUGCAAGUUGAUGCGGGAAUGUGGAAACCUGAACUUAAAAUUAGAAAAAUAAGUACCAGAGAAACUGAAACGGAAAUAUUCACCCAUCCCUCCUCACAUCAAAUAUUACCCUUUGCCCCAGGAACUAGAUGUGCCAAAAAAGUCAAAGAAUCACAUUUGAUACUGGUCACUCAGAGUGACUUUAAUGCAUCGGAAGUAUUCUGCUCCCCACAAAAGUUCAUGUCACAAAAAUCUUUUGCUUCUGAUGCAACACACUAGAUCGCUACCCCUCAUGAAUUUCAAAUUACUUUGUGAUGAAGACAAUUACACUUUUGUUUUUAAUGUUCCAGGAAUAGCUUCUAGGCAAAAUCAAUAUACUUCCAUAAUGGUCUUCAUGUUUGUGUUGUUCCAAGUCACAGUGCUUGAACAUUUUUCAAUUUAUUUACUACCUAUUACAAUAUUUGUGCCCUGCCUUUUUGAACCAAAAGGACUUGCAAAGUGCCUAGCGACGAAAGAUGAAAAAAUACACAAUGAAAACAGUAACUACAACUACAACUUAAUAGCAAGAAUUAAUAAAAUUAAAUUAGCCAGCAGUAAGCAAAAGAACAAGAGCCAACAAAAGAAAGAAACCUUGCAGGAGGAUCACUUCAAAUUCAAUGUGCCCCAAACUUGCCCUGAAAAAGGCCAGCUCUUACCUGGAGAUUAAAACUGCAUGAAAACCAUCUAAAGCCAAUUUAAAGCACCUCCCCCCAAAAAAGAAUCAUGGGAACUGUGGAGUACCUCUCAGAUCUACAGUUUCCAACACCCUUAACAAAAUACCAUGUUGGAGAUCAUAGUUGGGAUGUAAGGCAAUUUUUAAUAUUUAUUGUUAACCUGAGUGCUUGGGAUAGUUGAAGUGCACAGGGUAGUAGUCACUCUUGUAAGAGAAGCAAGAAGGCAAAAGCGAAUGAAGAGUCAUCAACUCUAAUCCCACCCACCCACCCUUAUCCCUCCACUUCAGGUAAAAGCCACCUAGAGUGGGUGGUGGCCUUUAUGAAAUGACUUCAAAGUCUGGUUAUUGUCUUUUUUUUUUUUUAGUAUGUGCAGUUUUCAUAUGUUCUUGAGUUACAGUCACAACAAAAGUAGUCCAUUAUUACCUCUUGUGAACACAUUAUUUUCCCAAUUCAAAAGGAACAGUUUGGUCUUCUCCACAUCAUUAGAACCAACCUCCAGGCAGUUGCCAAAGGGCAGUGUCAAGUUACGCUGGCCAUUUCAAGGAGUGGGUGCUAUAAAGGUUUUUUGCCCUCUUCCUUACUUUACAUUUUUCUUCCCAUUUUCUCGUUGGCAGAGGGAAUUAGAUUUCUCCAUCCUUAUUAGUUGGGCUGAAUCUUUUAUUAAAGGAUCACCCUGGAAAACAGGACAAAGGGAAUGAGAAAAUCUCUCUACUUAUAGCCUUCUUAGAAGACCGUUGCAUUAUAUGUUAAGUGGAAGUAUGGAAAACAAGGAAGUGGAGCAGCAUUGGCAAAAUAUGGGGGCAAAAUACAGAAGGGCAGUUGCUGGAUGCUUGUUCCUGCACACAGUGACCUAUCAUAUCCCACAGCAGUACAGCUGCAUACCAAAACCUGUUUGUGUAGGCAAAACAUUGCCUCUGCAUUGAGGUGAACACACUCAUUAUAUAUAAUCAGUUUUUGAGGUCUCUGUUUCUCUUUCUUUACCUGUGUCUUUUGUCCGACUUAGACUUUACUUUUAGCCCUUCAUGCCCUGUGUUUUCUUAUACAUAGAAUUGUACUCAGGAAGGCUAUACUGUACCUCAGAAUAAGGUUGCCUACAACUCAUGGUUAGCAAAGAGAAAGCUUACCCACAAACUCAGGUUUAGACGACACACUCAACUAAACCUUUAAGGGUCACUAGUGUCAGUAGCAUUAAGCAACUUAUGUGAACUGUGGUCAGAGUCCUAGAUAGGGAUCAGACUGAGGACACACAGGCUGAAGAACUCCUGAUCAGUUGCUGUUUCUGCUAGUCUCUGACCUCUCACUGUAAAGCAGUUAUUUUAUUACAGUUCACAAAGGUAAAAGAGCAAUCAUGUUUCACCAGUGAAAAUCCUCAUAAGCUAAAUAUGACCAUACCUAGAACUAAGGCACAACACAAACCACUACCAGUGUUUCUAACUUGUGAGUGUGGGGUUGUCAUGCAUUUGACAGUUGUCCUGUUUCUAAUUCUAGGUAGAGUCCAAAUGUUGCCUCAGGCUGUCUGUCUUCUCCACGGGCUACUGGAGAACGGACACAAUGUCUAUGUUCAUUGCAAUGCAGGCGUUGGCAGGUCCACAGCUGCAGUCUGCGGCUGGUUAAAAUAUGUGCUAGGAUGGAACUUGAGGAAAGUGCAGUAUUUUGUAGCCUCCAGGAGAGCAGCUGUCUACAUCGAUGAAGAAGCUCUGGUGCGUGCCGAGGAGGAUUUCUUUCAGAAAUUUGGACCUCUUCGCUCCUCAUGCAAGCCUUAG